UUUAAUAUUUAUAUUCUGCACUACAUCCCACAUUUUGAGGUUAGAUAAUCCAAAGAAAAUACAAUAAAUUAGGCAUCAAAAAGUUAAAACAAACUAACAAAAUGCCGUUCAUGAAAGGAAGAGCGCCGAUACGCCGCACAUUAAACUAUCUAAACGCCGGAAAGCUCGUGCUUAAAGACAAAAUCAAGAUAUUUUCCGUCGCAUAUAACAUUGCAGGGCAGAACAACGCAGGUGCAAAGGAUUUCGUGUUCUGGUAUUUGCCUCAGAUACAGUACAAGAAUCCAAACGUGCAGGUCGCGACGUUGAAGAAUCUGACGCCUUCACCGUUCAUUAAGUGUUACUUUGAAGAUGGUCGGCAGGUUUUGAUAGAUAUUGAUAAUAAGUCAAAGGAAGAUGUUUUAGAGCAUUUAUUGAAUACUGUGGGGAAGAGUAAGGAGGUGUUGGAAGCGGAGGCGGUGGCUGCGGAGAAGAAGGAUAACCCGGCGAACUUUGGUGUUGGUUGUGAGCGAGCUUGUAUGUGUGAGAACUAUGGGCAAGUACCCUGUUCUGGUGUAGUGACAUUACCUAAAUUUAUGAGAGGGAAGUACAAGAAUCCGGCGAAUUAACUUAGGAAAGUGAUUGGCGUAUGUUGAUAAUGCUUAUUCAUAUUUUGAACAAGGGACAGUCAGCAGCAGACGUUGCUAAGCGGGCGAGGUGUUCAAAAUUACCUUGACACGCUCUUAUUCUCUUAACAAUAAAGAUCUGGACCGCUUAGCAACUUCUGCUGCUGACUGGACAAUUGUGUAUAAAUAAAUAAAUUGUAGAUGUCUAAAAAUAACAAAGUAAUAUAAGUUUUGUAGUAAUUCAAUAGAUAAUUGUAAAUUUAGUAAAAAACUUAAUCUUAA